GCGUUGCCAACGUGCUUUGCUCCAGUUGCUAAGGGCCUCAGGCUUUUACAUGGCCCCGGCGUCAGGAGCUGGCAGUGUGUCCGGAGCGGGGAGCCCGGCAGCUGGGCCGAGCCGGCCGGUGAGGAGUGGACUUUACCAGCAUUUGAUUCUCUGACAGUCCUGUGAUCCUGAAACGGUUGACACUGGAAACGCGGCACUCUGGUCACUGUCAAAGCAGGCUGUAGGAAGCUGUCUUGGACAAAUGUCUCUCUAUGAUGUCCUUCAGCCGGGUCUACUGUCACUACGGAGACACUGCAAGGAUGCCAAGAGGUUCUGGAUUAUGGCCUUUCCAGUAGAGUUUUGAGACACCAGUCAGGAGCUAUUUCACCUCCUUCUGAUCCCACCUCCUUUUCUCUGUGGAAGUGAAAGAAUGAGGCAGUCUGCUGGCAACAGGAACUGGACGCUUCUAAAAGUUUUCUCUGACCUGGGAAAGUUGUUCAAGACCGCUCACUCUCAGCCGUUUUUGCCACCAAAAGUGAAGUUUGUCAAGAAUGAGUAAUCAAACCAAACUGGCAUCUUGUGGUACCUGGAAUGUGUCCUCCAGCACUGGCACAGCUGCUGGACAGCCCCAAAGUCACGACACUGAGAGGCACCAGUUGCGAGAACGCGAGGAGCUCAGGCCCUUUCUCAGCGACACUUGGAAAUGCCCCCCUGAGGAACUGGGCCAUGGUAUCCAAGGGCUGGAAACGUCGAUGGUACCACGACCUCCUGUGAGGCCCAAGCCGUGCCGGCACGGCAAGCUACAGCACCUGCACUCAGUGGAAGGGAGAGCUGCUGGCCGCAGACUGAGGAGCAGGAGCAGUGAGGAGAGCUCCUCAGAGCCUGUUGACACAGACUCCUCCUGCGGGUCCCUUUAUGGUGCUGAUCUCUCAGGCUCCCCCAUGCAGUGUCUCCAGGGCAAGUCAGUGGUAACUCCUCAGAGGCCCCUGCCCAGUAGCAGCAGCAGCAGUAGUAGUAGUUUGCGGGAGUGCGACACCAGUGAGUCAGCUGGGAGUACAACAGAAUAUCGUAAUGGACCAGACCACACAGACUCCCAGGCCAGAAGUGAUCACCUUGAUAGUAAAACAGUAUCCUCAGCCAAUCGGAAGCUGCCUCCUGUGGCACCCACCAAACCCCUGCCUCCAAUGGUCAUUAACCUGGACUCACCGGUACUAAGGACCAGUAAUCGGAUUGACCAGGAUUAUGUGGAUUACAUGCAUGUGACUCAGUCAGUAUCGAGCCAGAACAGCAAUAUCCUUAACCUGUCCCAAGGAACUGAGGAUAACGGAUCCUCGUUCUUCAUGAAUUCUCCCAGCAGUGUCUUGUUUCCUGUCCGCUCAGAAGAUCUUCGGAAAAGGAGUUAUCUGGAGGGCAGUCUCCUGGCCAGUGGAGCUCUGCUGGGAGCCAGUGAACUGGAUCGUUAUUUCCCUGACCGAAGAGUGCGAGUGUUUAUAACCACCUGGAAUAUGCAAGGCGAGAUGCCCCCUGACAAACUAGAUGAUCUUCUCCUGCCCUGUGACUCUCAAUACAUCCAGGACUUGUAUGUCAUCGGUACUCAGGAAGGAAUCCCAGACAGGAGAGAGUGGGAGAUCUGUCUGCAGGAGACCCUGGGGCCUCACUUUGUGCUGCUACACUCUGCAGUGCAUGGAGUCCUCCAUCUCUCUCUGUUCAUCAGGAGAGACCUCAUCUGGUUUUGCUCAGAAGUAGAACAGGCGACAGUGACCACUCGUAUUGUCUCCCAGAUCAAGACAAAAGGAGCCGUAGCAAUCUCAUUCACAUUUUUUGGGACGUCCUUCCUCUUCAUUACUUCUCACUUCACCUCUGGGCAAGGGAAGGUUUAUGAGAGGAUGCUGGACUACAAUAAAACAGUGGAAGCCCUGGAACUUCCACGGGUUGUGCCUGACACCAACAUCUACAAAUCUGACCCCUAUGAUGUGACAACCCGAUUUGAUCAGGUUUUCUGGUUUGGUGACUUUAACUUCCGCCUGAAUGUGAAGCGAGCAGUGAUCGAUGAGCUUCUACACAACAAGAACAAGGACAGUCUCCGCUCCAUUCUGCAUUACGAUGAGCUAACCAAAAAGCUACAGGAGGGUUCGAUUUUUAAAGGGUUCAAAGAAGCUGAAAUAAGUUUUCUUCCAACCUACAAGUUUGACAUUGGAUGUGACGUUUAUGACAGUAGUGCCAAACAGAGGACUCCCUCCUACACGGACCGCGUUAUAUACAAGAGCCGGCAGAAAGGUGACAUAUUCGUACUUAAAUAUGGGAGCUGCACUUCAAUCAAAACCUCAGAUCACAGGCCUGUCUAUGCGUACUUUCAAGUGAGGCUGCGACCUGGAAGAGAUAACAUCCCACUGUGUGCCGGUCAGUUUUACAGAGAUAUCUACAAAGAGGGAAUAAAAAGACGGUUUAUGAGGGAGCAGAAGAGACGAGCGUUCUGGAACCAGAGGAACAGUACCAUCUGCAGUGUGUCCUGAUGGAGCUGGAUAUAAACGGGGAGCUUCCUUAGCCAGCUCAGUUCCUGCAGCAAUGGAGGUAGUGGGCAGAGAAUCGGACUGCACACACAGUGCUGACUACAAGAGCAAAGUUCCUGGCUCAGUCACAGGAUCCAUGCCAAGGUGUUUUUCAAUAAAACUGUGGGUCAGGAAGGGUACCAUGUAACCCACUUAUAAAGAGCAAGACUGUGCACAUAAUCCACCAUUAUCAUUGUUAUUGUUUCAACUUUCAGUACUUACAAGAUUGGAAAAUGACCUAUGUUCAUAUUUUUUUUUAAAACAUGCUCUCUCAAUGUUGAGAAGCUUAUCAAAAUUAUUUAAACCCUUGAAGAAACUGACCCUCACUGGGGUACGGCUCCCGCGUAUAGGUUUCUUGUGUGAGCCUCAGUGGAGAAUAUCCCUAGAAUACUGAACUCUUGGCAUUGUCACAGACCAUGAACAGCUAAAGAGCCUCUCUGCUGCAGCAGUGAUGCCCAGUUUGAGUACCUGAAUUACCAGUACUUUCAGCUGUAUAUCAGUGAGUGCAGCAUACUGCUUAUUCCAGCUGGAGGUUAGCCCACAAUCAAUUUUCCCCAAAAGCUUGAACUAAAUGAUUUUUUUUUACUCUCACCUAAAAAGACUGCUCUAUUGAUGAGUGCACACUGACCUCAAACAGCUAGGAUUUCAAACAGUUUUAUUUGGAUAGAGAAGUUUUAAAUGAUAUUGAUGCUGUCAGAAACUCUUAACCAAAAAGGAGAUUGUGGCAAAUGUAAGUCAAUAGUUUGUGUUCAGGGCCUGCCCAAACUGAGCUGUCAGUCAUGCUGUAGCUUCCUUGACUGGGGAGAUCAAACUCUGUUAGACCAUCAGGUGACAAGGGGCCUGUAAGGGUCUCAGGGCACAGCCCAUGGACCACCGCCGCGCCCCCCCCCCCACCCCUAAAUUGGAUUAUUAUUAUUAUUAAAAUGCAGCAACUCCCCUCCUCCUGCAUCUCAUACCCACCACAAUCACAGUCACCCUGGCUAGGGAUCUUGGGGAAUGUACCCCACAAUGGGUACCUGAGAGGAGAGUGGAGAUAGCCCCAAGCAGGGAGGCUGGGACAGGGUCUCAGUUACUCCCUCUCUGAAGCUACAAUUGGUCAGGUUACAAAAUACUUGUGGCCUUCUUCCUGGGGGGGGGGCUUCUGUAACAUCUGAACUUGUGGUUUACAUGGAACACAUUUUUAUUUUGAUUUCACUGACUUUUUGCAAGAAAUAAAUAAUUUAUAAGAA